UCCUAUGAAAUCAUUGUUUACCUCAGUAAGAGAUUUUAAAUUAUAUUUAAAAAAACAUGUGAUUGGCAUUUUCAUAUAAGUGUUUCCAUGACUAUUUUAUAAUUCUGUUGGUUUGAUACCAUGUAGUGCUAUUAGCGAAGAAUCACUAAAGAAGCCAGAGGUUUGCUUAAAUUUUCUGAUGGGAAGAAGUAGCUGAACUUUGUUCUGCACUUACUGAGGUCAGAAAAGUUUACAUUUGAGGAACAUACAAUAAUGGAUCAAGGGGAGACAAAGAUAAAGAGGGUGUUCCUUAAACCUGUCAUUGAGGAUAAAAACAUGGAACUUGCAAGAAAAUGCACAGAGUUAAUAAGUAAUGUCCAUUAUAAAGAAGAAUAUGAAAAAUCAAAAGGCAGGUGGACACAUGUGCCUGAUACUGCACAGCUGACACAUAUGAAAAAUAUAUCUGCUCUUAUUUCUGAUGCAAAGUACAAAGCAAAGGCUAAGAAAGAACUUUCUAACUCAUUCUACCAGCAAAUGCCUGCUACAAUUGAUAGUGUGUUUGCAAAAGAAAUCAUGAAUCUUCAGAGCAAGGUUCUUUACAAGAAAAAAUAUGAUGCCGAGAAAGGAAAAUCAAAUUAUGCACAGAUGAAGGAACUUCCAGAUGUUAAGCAUGCCAUGGAAAUUAGUAAACACCAGAGUAAUGUGAGUAUUUGCUCAGUUUAAAUAAUUAGGUUCUUGUGUGUAUUUUAAAUGAAAUAUUGUAGUAUUUGACAGGUU